CAAACCAGCCCAUCCGGAUAACAUAGACAAACUUGGCAGCGAGCGGAUGAACUGGUUGGAUCUUUGUUCUUCACAGCUAGACUAUCAACCUCUUUAUAUAUUUUUGCGUAUUGUCACUCAUAUGUAUCACAUUUAUAUCUAGAUAUAAAAUACUCUUUCUUUGGGCACGCAGCUUCAGCACAGACAGAUACUUUUUGGGCUAGCAUAUUUUCCUAGUGUUUUUAGUCCAUUCUUCCCCCCACCGACGAGGUUUUAUUGGACCAAGAUAGGCGGCGCGGGCACCAAGAUGUCGAACCGGAUGGUGUGCAGAGAAGCGAGCCACGCCGGCAGCUGGUACACGGCCUCAGGAUCCCAGCUCAACGCACAACUUGAGGGCUGGUUAUCUCAAGCACAAUCUACAGUGGGUCCAGCUAGAGCCAUAAUAGCACCGCACGCUGGCUACACCUACUGCGGCGCGUGUGCCGCUCACGCCUACAAGCAGGUGGACCCCUCAAUCACUCGGAGGGUGUUCAUUCUCGGCCCCUCUCACCAUGUGCCGCUGUCUCGCUGUGCCCUCUCCCCCGCCGAGGUCUACAGAACGCCACUGUAUGACCUGAGGAUCGACCAGAAGGUUUACGCUGAUCUGUGGAAAACGGGCAUGUUUGAGAGGAUGAGUCUGCAGACAGACGAAGAUGAACACAGCAUUGAGAUGCACCUGCCUUACACCGCUAAAGCCAUGGAGAGCCGCAAAGAUGAAUUCAGCAUUGUUCCUGUGCUGGUGGGAGCUCUGAGUGAAUCUAAAGAGCAGGAAUAUGGCAAGCUGCUAAGCAAAUACCUGGCUGACCCCUCCAAUCUCUUCAUCAUCUCCUCUGACUUUUGCCACUGGGGUCAACGUUUCCGUUACACCUACUACGAUGAAAGUCAAGGGGAGAUCUACAGAUCUAUCGAGCACCUUGACAAAAUGGGAAUGGGAAUUAUAGAACAAUUGGACCCCAUCUCCUUUAGCAAUUAUUUGAAGAAAUAUCAUAAUACUAUUUGUGGUCGCCAUCCCAUCGGCGUUCUUCUAAAUGCCGUGGCGGAACUGAAAAAGAACGGCAUAGACAUGAACUUCUCUUUCCUGAACUACGCACAGUCGAGCCAGUGCCGAAGCUGGUCCGACAGCUCAGUGAGUUACGCUGCUGGAGCUCUCAUCGUUCAUUGAGGUGAACUCUCCAAGGAGCCACGGAGCCUCCUAGAAGACCCCAUCCCUUCCCACCCGUCCUGUUCCUGACCACAUAUCCCCAUCCCUUCCCACCUCUUCUUAUAGGAAGGACAUGCAAAGCUUGUCCCAGAUGGGAAUCCUCACACACAUCCCGAAUCCAGAUGUAACGUUAGAUACUAACCUCUUCUUCCUACAGCUUUCCCUGUACCCUGUUUUCCACGUGAGGCAACCCGGAUGAUGCUCUAGCUUG